CUCCACCUCCCAGCGGCAUGUGACUUCUGCACAAAGAUCUGAAGUCGGUCUUCGGAAGGAAUCCGGAGGACUGUGCGGGCCAGCUCUUCUUCUAAAGAUCCACCAUGGGCCGCCUGGAAGGGAAAGUUAUUGUCCUGACAGCUGCCGCUCAAGGGAUCGGCCGGGCUUCUGCACUAGCUUUUGCAAAAGAAGGAGCCAAAGUCAUAGCCACGGAUAUCAAUGAGUCCAAACUCCAGGAGCUGGAAAAUCACCCAGGUAUUCAAACUCGGGUCCUUGAUGUCACAAAGAAGAGACAGAUUGACCAGUUCGCCUCAGAAAUCGAGAGAAUUGACGUUCUCUUUAAUGUUGCUGGUUUUGUCCACCACGGAACCAUCCUGGAUUGCGAGGAAAAAGACUGGGACUUCUCAAUGAAUCUCAACGUCCGCAGCAUGUACCUGAUGAUCAAGGCGUUCCUUCCCAAAAUGCUUGCUCAGAAAUCUGGCAACAUUAUCAACAUGUCUUCUGUGGCCUCCAGCAUCAAAGGGGUAGAGAACAGAUGUGUGUACAGUGCGACCAAGGCAGCUGUCAUCGGCCUUACCAAGUCCGUGGCCGCAGACUUCAUCCAGCAGGGGAUCAGGUGCAACUGUGUGUGCCCAGGAACGGUUGACACCCCAUCUCUGCAAGAAAGGAUACAAGCCCGAGACGAUCCCAAAGAGGCACUGAAAGUUUUCCUAAACAGACAAAAAACAGGAAGGUUCGCGUCUGCCGAAGAGGUCGCCCUGCUCUGCGUCUACCUGGCCUCCGACGAGUCAGCCUACGUAACUGGCAACCCUGUCAUCAUCGAUGGGGGCUGGAGCCUGUGACUGCAUAGACUCCUGCUGGGAAGACAGGCCCUUCCUAGCCACAGAGAAAAGCAAACUGGCUGGGUGAUCAUCUCUCCUAAGAGUGACUGACGUCCAUGAAAACAAGCCCUUUAGUGAUUGUUCCCAAGAGUGUGAAUCUAAUAGUCUCUCAUCUCCUCUGAAACUGUGGUAAAUAAAUCAAAUAAAAUGUAUUGAUUUUU